AUGGACGCAGCAGUGGCCUAUGAGAGCAUCUGGACUGCCUGGCUGAGUAACGACUCUGUGCUGCAGCCCGCGUGGGACCACCUGCGUCUCCAUCACAGCCACUGCCUGCGGUCCCCGCUCUUCCCCAUCGUCCUGACGGUGUCCUCGUACUUCGUCCUCUGCGCGCCCUACCUGAUCUGUGACCUCAUGGGCGAGAGGUGGCCGGCCGUUCACAGGUUCAAGAUCCAGCCGAGCCGGAGCCCCACUCCCGCCAUGCUGAUGCGCUGCCUUGGAGUGACGCUGCACAACCACGCCCUGCUGGUGCUGCCCGCCACCGUCGCCCAGUGGGCGUGGAGGCCGCCCGUCCCUCUGCCGGAGCGCGCCCCAGCCCUGUUGGAACUGGUGGGCGGAGUUACCGCCAACCUGCUGCUCUUCGACUUCCAGUACUUCCUCUGGCACUUGCUGCACCACCGGGUCCGCUGGCUGUACGUGACCUUCCACGCCAUCCACCACGACUACGCCGCGCCAUUCGCCCUGGCCACCCAGUGCCUGGGUGGGUGGGAGCUGGUCACCGUGGGCUUUUGGACCACCCUCAACCCCAUCCUGCUGAGGUGCCACGUGCUGACCGCCUGGGCCUUCAUGGUGAUCCACGUCUACGUCUCGGUGGAGGACCACUGUGGCUACGACUUCCCCUGGUCAACGUCCCGCCUGGUCCCCUUCGGGAUCUACGGUGGUCCCAGCAAGCACGACGUCCACCACCAGAGGCCCAGCACAAACUUCGCCCCCCACUUCAGCCACUGGGACAAGCUGUUUGGCACACAUGCCGACUUCUGCUUUUCCGAAGGUCACCCAGGAGAGGAUUAUUGUAAUUAG